GCUCUCUCUCUCUCUUCCCUCCGUCAGCUCAUGUAUCGUUUCAUCUCGCUCAGCCUCUCGCUCGCUCUUAACACAGACUCACUGCCGCUGCGCUCUGACAGAUGGGGAGACACCACCGAGGAGGAGCACUCAGGGGCCAGAAGAGUCUGUCUUUCUUUUCUUCUCCACAUCCGGCUUCCUUUUCCUCAUGAGCAGCUCAUCAUCACCAUCAUCCCAGCCCCUGAGGAAGAUGAGGAGGCUCCGCGUGUGAGGAGAACCCGAGCGAGGGAAGAGGAGCAACAGGGUGGUGGAACGCGGACAAGAGGAGGUGCUCUGUUUCUUCAUGCGGGAGCAAGGGGUCCCGACUCCCGGUAGCAGCAGCAGGAGUCAUGUGAGAGGAGCUCUCAGCACGCAGAGGAUGAGCGGCUCAAGCUGAACAUUAUCUCCCCCUGUUCCCUACCUCCUGCACCCGUCCUCCUUUCCCACAUGACGGCCAGAAGAUGACUAUUACCAGUCGGCAGUCCUUGAAUGUCCUGACGGUCAUCUUCCUCCUUCUGUCCACUGCAGCGCUCUCGGCUCAUUACCGCGUGUGCGAGCCCUACUCCGACCACAAGGGGCGCUACCACUUCGGCUUCCACUGCCCCCGCCUGUCAGACAACAAGACCUACAUGUUCUGCUGCCACCACAACAACACCGCCUUCAAGUACUGCUGCAACGACACCGAGUUCCAGAUGGUCAUGCAGAUCAACCUCACCACCGCCACGGACGGAUAUUCACACAAUAAUUACACAGCCCUGGUGGGAGUGUGGAUCUACGGCUUCUUUGUCAUGGUCCUGCUGGCUCUGGACUUCCUCUACUACUCGGCCAUCAAUUAUGAGCUGUGUCGGGUCUACCUGGAGAAGUGGGGCCUCGGGGGCCGCUGGCUGAAGAAGGCUCGCAGCCAGUGGCAUCGGGCCAUGGACGACGAGAGCCAAGCGCAGGCCCAAGCUCAGCCCAUGAUGGCGGGCCAGUACCAGCCCCGACACAGCCUCAGAGGGGAGAGCCACAGCCCAACGCUGCUGCCCUACAACACGUCCACCGCAUGAAGCGUAGCAACCCACCGUUUCCUUCCAUGGUGCGGAGGAAACAUGGUAUCCACUUAGCCUGCCAGCCUGGAGUCUUUGGCAGGGACCCCCUGCUCCUCAGCAACACCCCCACACCCACCCGCCCUCUGAUGAGCACAAAGCGCCAACGGACAGACAGCAGAGGCUUUUAACAGGACACAGCCGAGCAGUGAGUGAGUGACACUGAAGCCAAGCCCCUAAAGGCUGUCAGGACACGGAAUGAAGCGGAGUGGAAGAUACCCAAACCCAAACCAAACCCAGACCCCUAAAACAACUGGAUGAACUUGCGGUAAAGUUGAGCAGGUUGUGAGAUGUUAAGCACUGUGUGAGUUUGUGUUGCGUAGCAGUUAGACACUUCUUCUGUAUUUGCUGGUUUAUUUAUGUGCGUGCUGGUUUGGGAAGGCGAGGAUGGUACGUUUGAUGCUGAGCAUCAAUCUCACAUAGACUAGACAAGCCUUUUCUUCCCCACGUCACCGACAGUCACAUGUUUGGAGUCCCCACACGAGUGCUUUCUCGAUAUCGUAAAGUGUCUUUGACGAGGACGCGCCGUUUUUUUUUGUUCCUGCUGUAGCUCAAAAAGCGUCUUAUUUGUUGUUUCUUCACGUGUGAUCCGUGCUUGUGUUUGUUGUACGGAGCCAAGUUAUUUCAGCCAGGAAGGAUCGGGGACGCCAUGACCAUUUGUGAGCGGCUGCCAUGGUAACCGUCAUUAGCAACCAUCCUCACGAGAAAGAGCACUUCCUCUAGCAAUACUGCAAUGCAUUGAUAUCACGAUCACGAUCAAAACAUCCUGUGACGGUAUCGUCCACCCCCCGCUUCAAUUUUGAAAUAAAAACAUUCCCCGUGUAACGUAUCAGCAAUAAUGUACAGUGAAGGAUGCCAAGGUGUCACAGUUGUAUUCAUACUGUCUGUUCUCGUGGGAGUUUAGUAGGAUAUUGUAGAAAAACACCCUUGUAAUUAGUGUUUUAUUCACUUUAUUAACUGGCUUUUUGAUGGCUUAGAUAGUUUGUGUUAAUGACGAUGACCGUAUCAUACUGCAUUUUAUUCAAUUCAUUUCAAAUUUGCAAGAUUAGCACCAUAGUAAGACUCAAAACGACCGUCAAAUGACCCGAGAGCAAAGAUUGUUCAUCAUCAUGGUUUAGGGGAAGGAUAAAAAUAAGCUUCAUUAAAAGAAAAAGAUAAGGUUGUUCACUUUCGGUACGAGUUCAAUCUAAAGUCUCACGAGAAGAAGGCGCAAACAUGGUUGAAUGUAAGUCAUGUAUGUAUCCAUGGGAAGCGUUGAUCACGAUGUUAUAUGCAAAUCUGCCAUCGCAAUCUAUGUGACAACGUAGACAACAAAGCACUAAAAUCGUAAGCGCUCACUUUGGCGUAUUUGCUUAAAUGAUAUGUUUUAUUUAUUGAUUCUUGGUACAUUUUAGGCCUUGAUAGCAAAGUGUAACUCGUACUAUGUUGAGAUGUACAGAGGAACCUUGCUUUUUGUUUUUAAAUGGUUUCAAAAGGUCCAACGAUAACCGAAAUGUACAAAAUCGAUUGAAAAGUGUAGGAAAUAAUGUAAAGCCAAUGAAUUUGUUUCAGAUAUUCCAUAGGGGAAAUAUUAUGAACAAAUUAGCUAUUUUGUUACAUCCAACAUUGUACAAAAAUCCAGAGUGUACCAAAACAUAGAUAGAUAGAUAGACUCCCUUUAUUGUCAUUGCACAAAAACACAGUAGUGAAAUUGCCAACGAAAUGUCGUUGCCUGGCUCCCAUAUAAUAACAGACACAAAAGAAGAUAAGUAAUAAUAAAUAAUAAUAAUAAUAAUAAUAAUGUGGAGAAUAAAUAGACACCAAAUAUGAACAACAUAAUGUAAAGUGCAGCGUGAACAGUAAAUUGCCCAAAUAAUUUAAAUAAUUAAAAUAAAUGAUAAUAAUGUAAGUAAGGUAGAGGGGCUUAUUUGGCAUUGAGCAGUCUGAUGGCCAGGGGGAAGUAGAGGUCAAGUUUUGGUCAAAUUGUCAUAGUCAAAUGAAGUAACAAUUGGGCUAGUUUCUUAUGCACGGCAUUGUGUGAGAAUUGAGACAAUGUACGAAAGCCUAGGCAAAAUUAGCCAAAAUGUAACAAGCAAAUGAACUAUUUUGUGACGCACAACAUUGUAUGAAGACUAAGGCAAAAUUUUGGCAAAAUGUUUUUUUGAAAAACAAAUCAACUACCAAAUUGGCUUCUUUAUAUUUAUUCUUUUUUUUUUGUCCAAAAAACUAAUCAACUAACAAUUGGCCAAGUUUGUUACACAUAGCUUACAAUGUAUGAAAACCUCUGCAAAUAUUUUCAGCUAAAGAUGAAUCUAGUAACAAAUGGGCUAGUUUUUUGCGCACAAUGUACAAAAAGCAAGACAGUGUACCAACAAAAAAAUGUCAAAAAUUGUGGCAAAAAUUUUGUUGAAAACGAAAUAACGAACAAAUGACCUCGUUUGUGACACACAAGAUUGUAUGAAAACAAAGAUUUUUGUCAAAUUUGUCAUUUUGCUAGUUUGUUACCCACGAGGCAAAAUUUUGGUGAAAAUUUUUUGAGAAAAAUGAAGGAAGUUGCUAUGUUACACAUAACAGUGUACAAAAACUGAGACAGUGUAUGAAAACCAAGACGACUGGUCGUUGGAAAACUGAGGUUUGACUGUACGUAAUUUUCCCAAGGUAAGUCUGGUUUCCAUGAAGCAGUUCAGAGGGGGGUGGUACGGUUUUGGUCAGCUUACAUUUCCACUGUGAUGGAGCUAGCCGCGCUAGCCGCGCUAGCCGCGCUAGCCGCGCUAGCCGCGCUAGCCGCGCUAGCCGCGCUAGCCGCGCUAGCCGCGCUAGCCGCGCUAGCCGCGCUAGCCGCGCUAGCCGCGCUAGCCGCGCUAGCCGCGCUAGCCAGCUGCGUUUAUAACCUCAUCUAGUUAAAAAAGUAAAUGCGACAAAGUGGUGCUGUGCUGCUUGAUGGAACCAAGGCUUUCCUUUGCUAAUAUGCCGCCCUCUACUGGCCCGGAGUGCCCUUUCCAAGUUGUGAUGCUGAAUUGAAGCCACCGCCUAAACAAGCUAAAGCAGCCAAUCCAAAUGAAUGAAGGGACGUGCUAAAGGCUAGCAGAAGUCACUAAAGCAGUCACAAUAGCAGCGUGAACAAAGCAAUCCUCCCAGCGUUCGGCGACUAAAGUAGGUCAUGCUGUGUCACCAUGGCAACCACAGAGAUGCUGUUCUCCGUAUUACGAGUCCCCUUUUAAAAAACUUUUGGGCUAAACCAUGACACGUUGCAGCGUGAAGUCACAACUUCCAGAUGUCCUUUCCGCCUUAUCUGCAAUAAUAUUAGCAUUUGCUGGGAUGUUCGCUCCCAUCGGAGAGGCUAACGUUUAAUUGGCUGGCUGCCGUGUUUUUUCAGGGGCACGGGAACACAAUUUGUCCAAGAGAAAUAAUUGGCCCCGGAGAUCAGCGGUGCUUUUAAUUCACGCUCUCCUGCUCUUGUGCUCGUGCAGCUGCCGCCCCAUUCCCGCUUAUUCCCGCUCUUUGACCAACAGGGAGGCAAGUUUUUUAUGUAAUUCAUCACACAGCAGCAGCAGCGGCUCAAAGGGGAUUUAAUUAGUCGUCAGUGCUGGCUAAGUUUGGGGAAUCUAAUAAGUUCCAUUCCGGAAUCAUCAUGUUAUUGUCUUCUUCUCCGAAUGUGAUUGAUUUUUUUUUUUUUUUUUAAUGUUUUGUUUUGUCUGAAGCAGUGCGGCCUGACGUGAUGCGACACUGUAUCAUCCUCCCUGGUGGACAAAAAAAAACAACUCAACAAAAGGAUGUGGAGCACACAUCUGUUCCAGUCUCUCUACAGGUUGUCAUGGUAACAGUUGCCUUACAGUUGAAUAGCCACCUGUAUACACAUACACACACACACACACACACACACGGAAGCUUGGUAGUAGUCUGAUACCUCACUUUUUUCAGGGUGUGGUGGUACCAAUGUUCAGUGUACGUUCUGUCCAGAGUAUUUCUUAUACUACUGUAGAUAGAAUGUUGCGUAACCGUUCUCAGUUGGAUCGUUUAUUGCACUUGUUGACUUUGUAUCGUCACAACAGGGAGAAAUAAAUAAAGUUUUAUCUUUUC